AGAUAGAGCUAGCCGUCACUCAGAGCUGUUGUAUUGGUGCUGUGGAUGAGUAAGGCUUAAAUAUGUGUCAGGUUAGUGGUAGUUUUCGUGUAAAGAAAAAAACUGUGCAGGUAAUGCUGGCUGAUUCAGAUGUGGUGGAGCAGCCCAGAGUCCUGUCAUCGGUAACUGAGCAAGAGUGACAGAAGCAGGCUCCCCUCUCAUGGAUGUCUGCAGCAAGAACUCCAAUCGCACCGCCCCAGUGAGUGAGGGGGGACCCAGGAGAGCUGAUGUGCCCCUAUGCUCUCGGACCAAUGGUUGGAGUUGGCCCCCACACCCUUUCCAGCUCCUGGCCUGGCUGCUUUAUCUCUUCUUUGCUGUCACUGGCUUUGGCGUAUUUGUGCCUCUGCUCCCCACACACUGGAUCCCAGCCGGAUAUAUUUGUACAGGGAUUACAUUUGUCUGUCACCUCUUCAUGCACCUGAUGGCCGUCUCCAUCGACCCUGCAGAUUAUAAUGUCCGAGCUAAGAGUUAUAAAGGACCCAUGCCGGUAUUUGACCACACCAAACAUGCACACGUCAUCGAGAACUGUCACUGCUACCUCUGUGAAGUAGAUGUGGGCCCUAAAUCAAAACACUGUAGUGCGUGUAAUAAGUGUGUGGCAAGCUUUGACCACCACUGUCGAUGGUUGAAUAAUUGUGUGGGCAGCAGAAACUACUGGCUUUUUCUCAAUAGUGUGAUUUCUGCUCUCCUGGGGAUUUUUUUUGUUGUAGUUAUUGCUAGUUAUGUAUUUAUAGAGUUCUUUUUGGACCCAUCAAAACUUCGAUCUGACAAGCACUUUCAACAGGUUAGGAAUGAAUCUGUGGUGUGGUUUGUGUUUCUGCCGGUGGCUCCAGUCACUACAGCAGGUCCAGCCAUUCCCGCUCUUGCAGGAGUCACCAUUGCUCUGGGCCUACUGUCUGCACUUUUACUGGGCCACUUACUCUGCUUCCACAUAUACCUCAUGUGGAACAGACUUAGCACAUAUGAGUAUAUUGUGCGACAGCGGCAUCGACAAGAGGCUAAAGAUUCUAGAAAGCCUCCUCCAGAAAAUGAAUCUGGGAUUCCCAAGAUUAAUCUCAUCAAGCACCAGGUCAGUUAUAGUGGGACGCUCGGUUACACCAACCCUGAGAUGGAGGUACAGGAUCCAACCGCCAUGGGCUCUCAAGAAGGAACAGCGCGUUACGGCAACGGCCGGGUCAGAGGCUCGUCUGACCAUAUGGGUGAAGAAGGGCUCCUCCCUGCUGUCUUAACCGAGCACGAAGCAUCAUCUCACUCGCACAAACACAUACAGAAAAAAAAGAGGAAAGUGCGUGAACUUGCAGCUGAGGUAAACAGUGACAGAUCCAUUGACACCAGCACCAACAGAGGCAUGCCAAAGACUCCUGCUGAGCAGGAGUCCUCUGUAGCUGCCGCCACCGUGUCCUCUUCUCUUGGUCAACGCUUACCCUUCCCAGCAUUUCCCCUGCGGGCCUCCCUCCCCCCUCUUGCACCCGUACAAGCCGCUGGCCCCCCUGCUGAGUAUCAUUCUGACUCCGCAGAAUCUCUGGAGGAGAUCCCUGUAGCAAUGGCACGGCUUGGCAGCGCAGCCCUGGCCGGAGCUCCGAACCCCACCUGCGCUACUACCACUGCUGCUGUUUCUGCCACUAGCUAUUCCUCUUCUCUCCAGUGUGCUUUGCCUUCCUCAGCAGCAGGACAAGCUUUACCCUCCCCUCAGCCCAGGACCAAGAGGAAAGCGGCCAUUCGUAAAGCUGCUGAGCAGAGGUUUGAGAUGGUGUCCUAUAACCCUUCUGUGUUCACGAGUCGAGAAACCGUGGAGCCUGCCAUGUCCCAAGAGGGCAUUAUCACAGAGGAAAGUCCCCGUGUGGCGAAACGCAAACAGACAGGUAAAAAGAGAAAUAUGGAGGACACAAAGCCCAGCUCCAGAUUAGGAACCCCGAUGGUGUAGAGAUUACUACAUUACAGAGACGCAUCACUACUAGUCAGGACUCAUCAGCACUUGGUCGGUCUUGUUUUUCUAUUAAAAAAACUGGCUUGUUUGGUACAAUCACAUGAAAACUGAUGUAGCACUCAGAACCUGAUGCAACCUAUGCAAACACCACUGAAUGUCAGCAAUGUGGAUUUUGUUGUCUGACCUUUUGCUGGACUAAACAUCUAAUGCUGGUUGUCAUUCAUUGGUCAGUGGAAUUUGAUCAUUCUAAACACCUCAUAUUGAAUAAUAUAGCAAUAUGAUCAAAAUCUCUUAUUUAUUCAUGAAAUUGUGGUAAAAGUUGAUUAUGGAUUGAAGCAUUGGACUUGGGCUCUUCACAUAUUAAUGAAUCUUGUGAGGAAACCAAUACACUAUAUACAUUUAUUUAGCCUUUUAUUAUAUUUCACUAUGACUUUGCUGCAGCAUUGCACAAAUAUUUUUUUUUAAAUACUUCAUGCAGUGCUGCCAUUUUUAACUAUUUAUUUAUAUAUGUUAAAUGCCAAAGUUUGUUUAGUUUUCUAUGAUGCACAUGUGACCACUGAUUUUU